AUGUUUUAAGGAUUAAUUAGUUCUGUUUUAGAUAAAGUAGCAGGUGAAUAUGUUCUUGGAUUGAACAAAGAAAACUUAAACAUUGGUAUCUUCUCUGGUGAAGUGAAGAUAGAAAAUGUUUCACUAAAUCCAAAUGUAGUUAAUAUGCUUGAUCUUCCUAUCAGCCACUAAUAUUCUAAAAUUAAGAAGCUUGAGCUUAAGGUCCCCUUCAAAAAUAUUGGCUCAAAGCCUGUUGAAGUCUUUUUAGAUGGUCUCUACUUAGUAGUAACACCAAAGGAAUAAAAGGAAUGGACAUUCAAAGAUUUUAAGGCUUUCAAGAAUAAGCUUACAAAUAUUGAAUCUUUUGCAGCAGAAUGUGUUUCAAAGAUAGCAGCAAAGUAACAAGAGAAAAAUAAAGUUGAAAAAGAUGCAGGUUACAUCUAAAAAUUAACUAUGAAGAUUGUUGAUAACUUACAAAUCACCAUUAGAAAUAUUCACGUACGUUUUGAAGACACAAUAACUAAAAAGUACUCCUGGGGUUUUUGCUUGGAUAAAAUUGAAAUUUAUACCACUAACAAGGAUGGAAUCAAAACUUUUGUUGAUAGGACAGCAGAAGAGAGCAAGAAUGAACCUAUGAGAAAAUUGCUAGUUAUUUCUAAUGCAGGAGUUUAUUGGAAUGCAAACGAAACUCGAUUAAUAUCAGAUUUAGCAGAAGAACAUAAACUACGUAUAUUGAAUGGUAUGAUUUAGAAAGAAGGAUAAGCAAAAACGGAUGAGCCUGUUGAUUUCCUCUUUAAAAUAUCUUCUUAAAUUAGCUUAACUAUGAAUAAUAAAGGCAAUUUUGAAGUACCUGAAAUUAAGGUUAAUUUGAACUUGGAACACAUCACUUUGCACUUGUAACAAAAGCAGUUGCAAUAAGUUAUUGAAUAAAUUGAAUUCAUUUCUAAGUACUAACAUGAGCUAGCAAUUAAAAAGAAAAGUGAUAAAAAGAUUGAUGCAAAAGAAAUAGAAAGAUUAUCAAAUAAUUUUACAACCCAUUUCACCAAAAUGCAAAGACAAGAAAAGGAUAAAUCGAUAAACUGUUUAACCGAAGAUGAAAAAAAAGAAUUCAGUGAUGCUGUAGAAAAAUUAGAAAUUGAAAUUUUGUUUGAAAAAACUAAAAAAGUAGUUUUAGAAAUUCAAAAAGAGCUUAAAAUCAAAGAGUUGGAAAAGAAAAAGCAAGAUGAAUAAAAGCCAGGCUUCUUUGGAAGAUUUUUUGGAGGAGCAAAAGCUACUCAAGAGGCUGCUGUAGUAACAGAAGAUGAUAGAGCAGAAAUCGAUAAGUUCAUUAAUGACAACUUCAGUGAAGAAGCUAUUGAUGCCCCUUCCAUUAUCAGACCAAAAGAAUAUGUCUAUUUUGUAUUAGAUUAUAAUUUAUAAGGAGCAAGUAUUAAGCUAAGUAAUCGUGAUGGAAUGGAAGUUUAAUGCUUAUAAUUUAAUUUGAAUAAUAUCUACGGUAAUGUCUUACUUCGUGAUAACAAUAAUGAAGUUAAGCUCAACUUGAAAAGCAUGGAAUUAUAAAUGAUAGAUGAAUUUUUAUAGAAUAACUCUAGCAAAGUCAUAAACAUUUUGAGUCCAACCAUUCUAAAUAGUAAGAAUCCUUUGAUUGAGUUUAACAUGAUUUCAAAGCCUCUCGAUACUCCUCAUAUUGACUCUGUCAUAGACUUAAAGAUGAGAUCAGUUCGUUUUGACUAUAACCCCUAUUUGGUUGUUAGAGCUGUUAAAUUCUUUGAUGUUAAAGUUAAAGAUGAUUAACUUAAGUAAUAGGCUAAGGAUGCCAUCGCUGAGCAAAUAGAAUAAAAGUAAACUUCUCUUUAAGAGUCAAUGAAUAAUUCUUCAGUCCUCAAGUUAAAAGUCGACUUAGAAUCUCCAGUCAUUGUUUUACCCUUCAAAACUGAUGGCUCUCUCACAAAUGAAUGCUGGGUAUUGAAUCUCGGUAAUCUUUCAGUGAAUACUGUAGAAGAUGUUCUUUAACCUAAUCUUCCAUUCGAAAUCAAAGCUUUGGAUAUGUAUAAUAUCUCUCUCAGCAAAAUUAAGCUAUCUUAUUUCCCUUCUAUUGAAUAUUACAAUCAUUACAUUUCUAACUUAGAAGAUUUAACAAUGAGUAGAUAAACUUCUCUAGAAACAGCAAAACAUUAUCACACUAUCUAAGAGUUCUCAAUCCUUAUUGGCAUUACUCUUGUUAAAGGACCUGCUUAAGGAAAGAUCAACAAACCCAAUAUCUAAGUCAAGGGUGGCAUUGAUAAAAUAAAUUUGUAGUUGAAUCCUUCAAUCUACAAAAAGUUACUUAAGCUGGGAGAAUGUUUCAGUAUUCCAGCUGAAGAUUAAAAAAGAAACAGAUAAUAGACUUUAGAUUCAGUUGAAUUAGAGAAAAAUCUACUUCUUAAGAAUGCAACUAAGACAGGUAUUAUCUUUAAGAGAGGUAAUACUAUUAAAACAUGGGAGAAAUACAAUGGUGUUCUUUCUGGUGGAUAUCUUUACUUGUUUGAAAAACCUAAAGAUCUUAAACCUGUUGAGUACAUUUGGGUUAAAAACUCACAUAUUUCUUUCUAAGAUGAGAAUUUAGUUGGGUUUAAGAAUGCUUUUAAUGUCAAAAAUAAGUAUGCUGAUGCUUACUUUGCUUGUGAAAAGGAAAAGGCUUCUCAAUAGUGGGUAGAAGCUCUUGAAAAAGUUAAGACUGUAGUAGCAAAGGAUAUCAUUACCGAUGACGAAUUAGAAGAUUUAAUAGCAUAAUAAGAAAGACUUGAAAAUGAAGGAGAAAAAGAGGGAGAAGUAAAGAAAGCUGAUGAUAAAAGUAAAAAUUUUGAUUUAGUUUAAGUUGAAGCUACCUUUGAGCUUGGUAAGAUCAAACUCUCUAUGUAUGAUGAAAAUAAAUAUACUCAAAAGCCCUUCUUGACUUUCUAGACAAACAAGCUAAAUGUCUUCUAUGAACAAAGAAAUAUGAAAAUGUCUGUCAAUCUAGGUCUUGGAGGCAUGUUCUUAUCUGACAAUCUCUAUCAACACAAAGAUAGUGCAUUAAAUGAUUUCAUUUCAAGUAAAUCUUCUGAUGGCAGCAAUGAACUAAUCAAUAUUAAAGUCAUCAUCUUAGAUAAGGGCCAUCCUGAAUAUUAAAAUGUAGGAUUAGACAUAGAUUUGAAAUUUAACACUCUUAUUGUCAAUUUUAAGCCUGAAACUUUAGCCAAAGUCCUUCUCUUUAUUAAAGCUGAUCCAGUUGAAUAAACCACAGUGCCAACUUCUGAACUCUUGAAAUAAUUAGAAAAUGAAGCAAUUAGUUCAAGUCCUAUGAGUGCUGGAAGUACCACAGACUCUGAUAAUCUUUCUUAAUCUAGUGUUGGUAAAUCAGUUAUAUCCCCAGAAAGCUUGUAAGAAAAUGAAUCAAUUCUCCUAUAAGCAAAAAUCUAUAUUCAUGAAAUUAAAGUCGUGCUCGUAAAUAGAAGAAAUCAUUUACCUGUAAAUGAUAUUUCUAUUUAAAAUAUCAGUUUGGUAUUCUAACAAAAAUCUGACGAAAUGUUCCUUAAAGGUUCUCUUGGUAACUUGCAAGUUAAUGACUUGACCAAUUUCCCAAACACUAUUUACUUAGAGGAAGACUGGUAAAAGAUCAAGCCUUAAGAGCUUAUCGGUUUACUUAAGAAAGAUGGUGCAUCGAGCUUGUUAGAAGUAGAAUUCAGAUCUUUGAGUGAUGGAUCAAGUAAAAUUAAGUCUGACAACGUUGCCACAUUCUUGAAAGUUAACUUCAACUCUAUUCAUAUAAGCUAUAUUCAAAGACCUAUUCUUAGAUUGUUGGAUUAUUCUCUAGUCUAAUUACUUGGUCCUCUCGGCACUCCUUAAUUCUUUGUUGAUGAGGGUGAAAUUGCUGAAGAUCAAAAGAUUUAAUUAGCUAAGGAAUAAGAAAAAGCUAAAGAUCCUAUGGAGCCUCUUAGAAAGUAGGGUAAAAGAUAAGUACUUUCUAAUUUAAAUAACCCUAAAGGUAUGUCUAUGGAUGUCGUCAUUCAAAAUCCUCUUAUCACUUUAAAGCCAAAUCCUAGCUCAACUAAUUACUUAGAAAUUGAUUUGGGUACAAUUAAAGUUACUAAUUAACGUGAUAAGAAUGGAGAUCGUUUACUUGAAUGCAAGAAGAAAGAGGAUAUUAAAGAAACAUACAGUGAAAACUUUAACAUAAGCAUGAGUGAUAUGCAAAUGAGAUUAAUCAGAGGAUAAAAUGUCACUGAAAUGACUAAAGCCUUCGAUUUCAAUGUAAAUAUCAAUAUGGUUGGAUUCUUCAAUGAAUACAAAUAUAUUUAUGGAAACGAUAUCAAAAUUGAUACAACUAUGAUCAUGAAGAAUUACAUAUCUCCUAUUAUUUUCCGUAUGUCAAAUGCUGAUUACAACUUAGUUAUGAUGUGCUUAUUCCACAACAUUUCUUAUGAUGAUGGUUGUGAUAGAUUCCUUAUUCAUGACUGGGCUAGAAAUCAAGAAGCUUAAGUUGUCAUUGAAAAGAAGAAAAAAGAAGAAGCUGAACGUAAAAAGCGUGAAAAUAUCUCAGAAGAAGCUUACGAUAAGGAAAAAGGUGGUAUUUAUUUCUAACUUGAUAUGGAAUCAUUCUCUAUUUUUACAUUGGAUAAGGAGCGUAACAUGCCUUUCGCAAGAGUAACUCUUGGUCGUAUGCGUGUUAUUUAGAUAAUUAAUGAAUUAGGUAUGUCAACUAAUUUAUAUGCCAAAACACUUAAUGGUUCUUGCUUCCGUUAUGAUGGAGCUGAAUAUAUCGAAGGAAGUUUGUUAGGUGAUCUCAAUAUCUUCAAAAGAUAUACUUAGCAAUAGGCAUAAGAUCUUACCUACUUAGUUAAUAAUAGUAUAUAUAAGAGCGAAGAGCAUGCACUUUAAGCACUCCGUUAAAGUGAAUAGUUUGUUGAAUUAGCUGGAACCAUUUAUGAAUUUACUUAAUACGAUGAUACAAAGACAGCUAAAGAAAAUCAAUAAUUCUAAAUAGUCUUCGAGCUUUAAAUGAAGCCAAACGGAGAUAAAGAUAUGGAUAUAGUUGUUGGAGAUUUUAAGGUUCAAGCUGAAACUGGUCCUCUUCUUGCUCUUGCUGGUUUCGCUGCAAUGGAUGCUAGCAUUUAACCUCCAAAGCCUGUUUAUGAAGUUAAAUUAACAAAGGAAGAGAUCGAGGCUUAGGAGAAAAACGCAAAGGAGAUUGAACAAUAUGCAAAAUAAGUUGGUGGUGGAAUGAAAAUAAAUAUUUCUGUUAAAAAUGUUAUUAUUUGCACACCUUGUGCAGACAGCACAAACAUUCUUGCUAUUAGAGGCAUUUUCGAUAUCAAGAUUAACUUCUCUCAAGCUUAAUCUAUUAAUUACAUUAAAAAUGAAAUCAAGAAUGGAAAAAUUACUUUGGCUGAUUCUCACUCAAUUAAUUAAACUGGUAUUAUAGCUAUUGAGCUUUAGGGACUUGAAAUAUUCAUUUGUGAUGUAGAAGAAUUAAAAAGAAAGGCUUUUAAAAAGGUUAACAAGCGUAGUAUCCUUCUUCCUCUUAACUUGAGCUUAUCAAAAACUGAUUAUUUGUAUCUCACAUCUGAGCAAGCUUAACUCUUUUCCAACAAAACUGCUAUCCAAACAAAGCUUGAAAAAACAUCAUUUAAGAUAUCUUUCUCUGAUCUAAAUUUAAUCAACUAAACAGUUUAGAUUUUAUUAGAAGACAUGAAAUAGAAGCCUGUUGAAGGUGAAUAGCAAUAGAUUGAAUAAAAGAAGGAAGAACCUCCUGCUAUUGCUGCUUCUCAAAAUAAAAAACCUGAAGAUGUUUUAAUCUCAGAAGAAGAAAAAAUUAAGAAGGAGCUUUAAGAUUAAGAAAACAAAGUUGUUGCUCUUGCUAACAACGAAGGGUAAAUCAACAUUUUUGAUGUAGAUGCUGAUCUCUAAGGUUUCUAAAUCUACAUAAUUAACGACUUGAACGCUGCUUAUGUUCCCGUUCUUGAUUUCAAUAUUUUCGAAAUGAAUAUUAAGUUAAAACAAAACAAUAUCCAACUCAGUGUUGCUACUGUCAUUCAAUUCAGUGCUGAAUAUUAUAAUCCUAGAGUUGGUCUUUGGGAACCAAUUAUUGAAAAGGUUGGAUUUAACAUUGAUUACAUUCAAUCGGAGUUUAAUAAUAUUAGAUAGCUAAUAGCUGUUGAAUUAAAUCCUAAUUAUACCGCAUUUAAUGUUACUUUCUCAACUUAAUUCUUAAGUAUUAUUACAAAAUGCACCAAAACAGUCAAAAAAGAAAUUCUUUAGGAUGCCAAAAAGGAAAGAAGCUAUUCUACUGAUAGCGUAGAAGAAUAAAAGUAAUCAGGUAGCUAAGAUGAAAUGUUUUAACAUGUUUCUCCUUACACAGUAAGAAACGAAACAGGUUAUCUUAUUGAAGUUGAAACUGAUUUAUCUAAUAUGCUUGCUGCUUAACAAAGAAGUUCCAUCAAAAUAGCUGAUUAAAAAAUAUAUAAAUGCCAAUUGAAGAAUUUCGAAGAAAAGAACUUUGAAAUAGAUUUAUAAGAGUCUGAAAUGAUUAAUGAUCCAAACAAUAGAGAAACAUUCGUAUUCAAGAAGACUAGUGAAUAAGUUAAAGCCAGAGUGCUCAUUCCUGGUUAGAAUUUGAAAUACAUCGAAUAAAUUGAUUUGGAUAAAGUACGUAACAGACUAAGACCUUGCAAAGAUUAAUCUGGUAAAAAAUUAUUCGAAGUCAUAACAGAAGUAAAGCUUGACAUGAUUUCAUCUAAGAAAGUUUUAAAUAUUUCUUCUCCUUAUUACUUCAUUAAUGACUGUAACAAAUAAGUAUCAAUCAAUCUCUAUGACGAAAAUAAAAACUUUAAAUAAAGUAUCACAUUGAAGAAAGGGUAAAGAAUUCCUAUCCCAAUCGACUUCUUAACUGGGUCUUUUAAUGUGAAAUUUGUUCAAGAAAACUUAAACUCUGAUAGAUUGAGUUUCAAAAAGCUUUGUAACAAUUUCUUAAACAAAGCUGAAGAAAUGAAAUUGGGAGAAACUUUCCUUAUGUUGAAGGUUCAUAAAGAUCCUGAAAACGAUUAACGUACCAUGUUCUCAAUUGAACCUCCUUACAGAAUUAAAAACUGUCUCCCUAAAACUCUUUUAAUAUAAUUUAUCAAUCACAAGAAAUUCACUGCUAUUACUUAAGUUAUUCCUUGUGGUGAAGUUUUCGAGUUUUACAAUUGCUCCUAACGUAGAGAUUCCUUCAUGAAAAUACAGAUACCAGGUCAUUUUUGGAGUAACGAAGCUAAAGUUUCUUCUGGAGAUAUAGAAAAAAUACUCAUUAAAGAUGUAAAUGGAAAUCAAAGUGAGAUCUCAUGUCAUCACAGAGGUAUUGAACAUCAAGUAGUUGAAGGUUGCAGAUAAUUCUACAUCUACUGCAAGGGUUAUCUAAUCAACGAAUCUCCAUACAAAUUAAAUGUAUUCACAUAAGAUAACAAGAAAAAAGAAGAGCGCAAACUUGUUGGUGGCUAAAGAUAAAUUUAUCCUGAUGAAGCUCUAAAUACUAAUAUUAUCUUACUAGGAUAAAAUACAGGUGAUUUAAUGAGUCUAUCUGAUGCUAAAUUUGAUUAAGUUUCAAAAUAAGCUUCUAUUGGAGGUGUUGGUAAUACUUAAAUCGAUAUCUAAACUAUCAAUGAAUAAGGUGAUACAGUCUUUUAGACAAUGGGUAUUAAUGUCUCUUUGAAAAACGUAGAUUAUGAACAAAAGCUUUUCUCUAAAGUCAUCACUAUUUCCCCAAGAUUUAUUAUUGUGAAUAAGACUGGCUAUGCUCUUGAGUUAAAGCAAAAUAGUGUGAAUAAAAUCAUAGCUAUUAAUAAAGAUUCUAGAAUUCCUCUCUACUGGUUUGAUGACAACAAAGAUAGAUUCUUGAAUAUUAGAUUAGUAGAAGAAGAAAAGGAUUGGAAAUGGAGUGGCAACAUGAAUGUCUUAGAGCUUGGUACUGUUAAUUUCAUGAUUAGAAACUAAGAAAACAAGAUGGAUGUUUCAUUCUUGAGAACUGAUGUUCGUUCAGAUGAUUCAAAUAUUUACAUUGUAGUUGAGAAAGUUACUGAAAAAGAAAGACCUUAUGUCAUUCAAAACUACUCUAAGAACUUCAAGAUAGAACUUAAAGACCUAAACAUUAUCCUUCCUCCUAACGAAAAAGAAGAUAAAACUGUUGAUGAACAUCACUAAUAUUAUUUCUCAUGGGAGAAUCCUUUUGAAAAAGAAAGAAAGGUUAUUUCUGCUCUUCGUCCAUUAGAUGGCAAUUUCCAAAACUUAGACUUUAACUUUUCACCUGAUUAAAUCUACUUCUAAGAUAAACUCUAGAUUCUUCCAAUUGGACAGAAAGACUUAAAGAAAAACAAAGAUAAGAGUUUAUAUUUGAAAUGGUCAAUUGAUAUUGAUGGUUUCACAAAAAUAAUUAAAUUUGAAGACUCAUCUGCAGAUGAACCUGUUACAUAGAAAGAGAAGGCAAGACUAAGAAAGAAGAUUGAAAAGGAGAAAGAAAAAGAAAGAAAGAUCAAGGAGAAAGAGAAAAAGAAGGCUGAGAAAGAAUAAAAGAAAGCAGAGAAAGAUAAAAAAAAUAAAGAUAAAGAAAUCAAUAUAGAAAAGAAGGAAAAGAAGGAAGAAGAAGAACAUGAUGGUGAAGAAUAAGUCAUAAUUUAAUAAUAAAUCAGUGUUUUUAUUAAGAAUUUCGGUCUUUCUGUUGUUUAAAAUCACAGAAUGAAUGAAAAGCCAUCUGAGUUUUUAUACUUAACAAUUAAAGGAUUAGAAUUCAUUUCUAUCGGAAAGGAAGAGUCAAAAACAUAUCAAAUUAGAAUAAAGCUAUUGAAUAUUGAUUAAAAUAGCAGCUAUGAUAUUGUAAAUCCCGUUAUCUUUACUCCCCAAAAGUACGGACUCUACAACAAAGAAAACUCUCCUAACUUCUUCUUAAAUGUCAUGAUUGAAUAAAAUUUGAUAGCUAAGAACAUUACACUUUACAAUAACGUAGCUAUUGAGCUAGAUCCCUUCACAGUGAGAAUUGAAGAACAGUUUAUCAGUACUCUUCUUGAUUUCCUCAAGGGUGUCGAAGAAGCCAGAUACGAUGCAGAUGCUCAAAGCAUUAAUACUCUCAAGGAAUAUUUGGAUGAAACAUCUCAAAUUGAGAAAAAUGAAAACAUUAAAUUCAAGUGGUAAGAAUGUGAAAUACCUCCUACAAGUAUCCCAACUUUCAUCAAUUAGUUAAUUUUGUCAAACAUCGAAAUUGCAUUGACUUUCAAGGCAAAGGUUAAAACUAACGAUUCUGAUCUAAAUGUCCUUAAAUCAGUUUUCACUGCUUUAGGUGUUGCUUUAGCUGAUAUUGAAGCUUCUCUUAAGCUUAAUGGUAUAAAAUUGGUUAAUUGCUUUGAAACUGCUUCUGGUAUAGUAAGCAAAUUAACUGCCCAUUACAAAGAUCAAGCCAUCUCAGAAGUUCUCAAGGCUUUAGGUUCUUUGAAUAUUAUUGGUAAUCCCGUUGGUUUAUUCUAGAACAUUUCUACUGGUGUUACUGAUCUUUUCACUAAGCCUGCUGAAGGUUUUGUUAAAGGUCCACUUGAAGGUGGUUUAGGUAUCAUGUAGGGUGCUUCUUCACUUAUUAAGAAUACAAUGGCUGGUGCUUUUAAUUCUGUUAACAAGAUUACUGGCUCUUUAUCUAGUGGUAUUUCAGCAUUGUGCAUGGAUGAAGAAUAUCUCAGAGAAAGAGAUAGAAUGAGAUCUAAGAGACCUAAGCAUCUUGUUGAUGGAGCUGUUUAAGGUGUCACUUCAAUUUUCUCUGGUGUUGCAAAUGGUAUUACAGGUGUUUUCUUAAAGCCAUUUGAAGGAGCUAAGAAGGGUGGUGCUCUUGGUUUCCUUAAAGGUAUUGGUAAAGGUGUUGCAGGUUUAAUCGUAAAACCUGUUUCAGGUGUCCUUGAUGCUGCAUCAUCAGUAGCUGAUGGUAUAAAAAAUACAAUUACUUAUGGUGAUGAUAAGGCUAACGAAUAACGUCUCAGAUAUCCUAGAGUAUUCUAUGGCAGAGAAGGUUUCUACAAAGAAUUUAUUGAUUUAGAUGCUGGUAUGAAGGUUGCUAUGCAAUUGGUUUCUAAAGGCAAGUACUAGACCUCAGACUUCCUCCAAACUUUCUUGAUUUAAGUUGACGAAAACAACAAGAAAAAUAACAAUGUUUUAGUUAUAACAUAUGAUGUUAUUAUGCUUUUUGAUGAAAUCAAAAAGAAGAAGAAAUGGUAUUUCCCUACAUCUGACUUCGCUAAGAUUGAAGAAAAACAAAAUGGAAUCCAUUUCACCACAACUAAAAAAAUUAAGAAUGAAAAUUCCACCUAGGUGUUUAUCUAAGUUCCAACUACUGAAUAAAAGGAUUAUAUUUUUGACCAAAUAAACACUUUAAAGUAUUUACUCGAUGAAGAGAAGAAAAUAGAACAACUUGACUAGUGA